GUUGGAUUGCAACUCUGCGUUUUUUCUUCUUGGCAUUAUGUGCUGUUGGCUUUUUCGAUUAAAAUAAUUUUGGUAAUUUCAUCUUUUUUCUGCAUGUAAAGUGCACUUCGUAUAGCUAAAUGUUUUGUUUUAAUAGCGCUAUACAACUUUAAAGCAAAUUCGGUUUGCCUUGAUCGGUUUCGUUACGUUUUAUUUGCGGCCUUGCAUGGACAACCUGUGAAACUUGUUUUGUUGUUGUGUCUAAAAUUCAAGAAGAAAAGUUACCAUGUUCUUGGAUGAGGAGUGGUUGAUUUUGUAGUGGAGAAAAAAACGGGCAUACACGUCAAAUAAAACGGUGUAAAGAGCUUAGAAAACUUGUGAUUCGAUUUUGUGGUGAUCGCAGGCGAAGUCUGCAACUAAAUUGCUACUCAGCAAACAGUGGAAAAGGAGCAAGUUCAUCCGUUUGGGGCGGGGGCGGUGGUUUAGUUGCUGUAUGUGAUCCUAGCGCUGGCUUGAAGCUGGAAUUACUGCUCAACACUAGUUCCGACGCCACCUAGAAAUAGGAUACAGACUCAAGUUCCAAAAGCGGCUGCACUGACUGCAUGUUCGCGAAGUACAUAGAUGAUUAAAAAUCGUCGCGGGUGGAAAGAAGUGAAAGGUGUUUAAGUGGUUGAAUGAAUGCUCCUUUUAAUUUAACUCAUACUGCCGGGAAAUGUUACGCUUUCUUAGUCGCAGGAAGGUGCGUAGCAACUAUGUGGAGAGCAGAGGCGGCGUGCCUGGCGGUGCAGGUGCUCCGAAUGCGACUAAUAGUGGUGGUACGCAAAUUAAACCGCACCGCAUGCCAGUAAAUAAAAAUAAAAUCGAAUGUCGCGUGGUGCUGCUGGACAAUACGGAUCUCUCCAUAGAAUUAUCGAAAAAAGCGCUGGGCAGCUUCCUGUACGAGCAAGUAUUCUACGCCCUAGAUGUAAUUGAAAAAGACUAUUUUGGUUUGCAGUUCACAGAUGCUAACCACGUUAAACACUGGCUGGAUCCAACAAAACCUAUUAAAAAGCAAGUAAAAAUUGGUCCACCAUACACAUUCCGCAUGAAAGUUAAAUUUUACUCAUCUGAGCCGAAUACGUUACGUGAAGAGUUAACACGCUAUUUAUUCUUCCUACAAUUGAAACAAGAUCUUUUAGAAGGUCGUUUAGAUUGUCCCGAUGAUAAAGCAGCUGAACUGUGUGCGCUCGCAUUGCAAUCGGAACUUGGUGACUACGAUGACCAAGUUCAUACAGCAGCCACUGUCUCGGAAUUUCGUUUUGUUCCUGAGCAGACUGAGGAUCUUGAAAUCGCCAUAUUGGAUGAAUAUAAAACAUGUCGUGGUCUGACACCUGCUCAAGCUGAAACAGCAUACUUAAACAAAGCUAAAUGGUUGGAUAUGUACGGCGUUGAUAUGCACACGGUCUUGGGUAAAGACGGUUGCGAGUAUCACCUUGGUCUGACACCAACAGGGAUUUUGGUUUUUGAACGUGAUCAGAAAAUAGGCCUGUUCUUCUGGCCUAAGAUAAGUAAAUUGGAUUUCAAAAAGAAGAAGCUUACGCUCAUCGUUAUUGAAGAUGAUGAUGAAGGUCGCGAGCAAGAGCAUACAUUUGUUUUUCGCUUGUAUAACGAGAAGGCUUGCAAGCAUUUAUGGAAAUGUGCUGUGGAACACCAUACGUUCUUCCGUUUGCGCGCACCUGUUAAGGGUCCAUCGGCACGUCAGAAUUUCUUCCGUAUGGGUUCGCGUUUCCGCUACUCCGGUCGCACAGAAUUCCAAACCACACAACAGAGUCGUGCUCGUCGCACUGUACAAUUCGAACGACGUCCAUCCCAACGUUUCGCCAGCCGCCAAUCUCAUUUGCUACGAGAGCGACAAAAAGCUUCACAAGAAGCUGCUGCUUCAGCUGUUGCAGCUGUAAAUGCGCGAGCGGCAGCAGCAGCCGCUGCUGCAAACGAACCAAUCAAUACUACUAUCGAUUCUAUACUAACGAAUACUUCGACAACACAGCAACCUUCAAAUGCUGCUACACCCUCGCCAUCCAUACAAACAGUCAUCUACAAUGCAGAAGUACUAAAUGAUUCAGCUACAUGCAGCACAGUUGCAGCGCGAAGCAAUACUGGUACUCUGCGCCGAAAUUCUAUGCGAUCGGACUCAAGCGGCGAAGACGGCGGCUAUAGUAAACUUGAUUGUUGUAAUAAAGAAGGCUUGACUGUAAAACUGGAUGGUGAAACUAAUGGUACAGCCAGCAGCGUUUAUCCAACAAGCACGACGAAAAAUGCAGAUGAUACCAAUCCAUUUAGAAAUAAUGCUUCCUCGCACCACGGCUCCUUUGGCAAAGCUUCCAUUAGUUCAGGUUUCAGCAUUAGAAGUGCCUUAUCGGAUAAAGAUAAAGAGCUAGAUUCAUUACUUAAGUCCAUUGUUAAAGAUCCAUCCCCAUCUAUACUAGCAACUGAAGCUAUUAAUGAUGCUAACAGUAUCAGGGUUACCAUUAAUAAAACUUUCGAUAUGGAGCAUAAUACGGAAACAUUGAAACGCCUUUCGAAUUCGGAUAAACCGAAUAAUCAAGUAAAGCUGGCAAAUGUUAGUGGAGGCGCCUUGCCACCGGGUCACAUAAAGUGCAAUAUUUUGAAAGCGCGCGUAGAGGAAGAACUUGGCACCAGUGCGCUCUCUAAUGUCAAUACGAAUGCUAAGAUGACAAAUCAAAUGUUUGUGCCUGCUCCCAGUACGGUGCAGCACAACAACAACAACAGCAUAUUCAGCAGUAUUAGUUCGAACAAUAACACAACUUACAACAGCGAUGGUCCUGACUCACUGAAUGCCACCUACAUUUCUGUGGGCGGUGAUAAACUAACUUUGAGCAUAACCGAACAGAAGCCAACGAGUACCACAACAAUAUCCAGCGGAGUUGUUGCUACAGUGGGUAGUGGCAACACUGACGCUGGUGUGUCUAAUAAUUGCUCUACGGAUGCUGCCGCUUUACCCCCUACCACAACAUCAUCGGCGAAGAAGAUAUCUGCCUCAAAAACAACAAUAUCACCGUUUUCGAAUGCAACUUUUAUAUCCGAUUUUAAUUCCAUGAGCCCUUCCUUGUCAUCCUCGUACAACAAUUCAUAUAACAACUCGAUUUUCACCACAGCAGCAGCAGCAAGUCCUACAAGCUUAACGAAUGUUAACGAAACAUUUACAGUUAGAAAGGGGAAUGACUCAACAAAAGAAGGUGAUAGCUUAUUGACACCCACUACGCCUACAACACCUAUUUCCACAAUAACCACACCACCGUCUACGCCCACGCAUACAUUCAACUCUACAGCUGCUGCUAAUGCCUCAGCUGCCGAACGAUUGAUAAAUGAAAUUUUCAUUAAUAACAUAAUCAAUAAUAACGCGCGUACAACAAAUGAUAAGAAAGCCUCCGCUAGUACGGCUGGAACUAAUCAGGAAACGGAGUUGUAUAAUAUCGAUGGGCGCAACCAACAAAAGUCGGCGAAUAAGCCAUCCGCUGGCACCACACUUUUUUCCACUUUACGUGAACAAGAGCGGCAGCAGCAUCAGCAGCUGGCGUCGAAUGAUGCGAAUAAUGAGCAAGAGCGAAGCGAAACUGAUGCUCAAAUACCAACGAAAAAAGAAUUUGAAAAUAAGCAUCCGAAUAAUCAUUCCGUCACACAUAUACCGUCUCACAACGAUAUGCUCUCGCCUUGGCUAGUGUCAUCGGAGGUAGUUUCAGCGCCAAAAGGUAAAGAACCAACGAUUCUACGAAAAUCUGUCAUUACAACGCAAUUGUAAGUGCUCAAUCAGCUAAUAUUUGAAAUAUGUUAUACUUUUUAAAAUGUGUAAACUACGAAUUACAAAUUGUUUCGAACUCAAAUCUAUUUAUAGAGAGGUUCGAUAGAGUAGCGAAUGGUAUUGGUGAUGCGUCAAGUAGUUACUUUAUUUUUAAAACGAUAACUUAAAAUUAUUUCUAUAACUAUUGUUUACUUAUUCCACAAACAUGGCAUUAUUUUUGAAAUUCGAAAUUCCAAAUUUAGUACAUACAUAUUUAUUAUACACAUGCAGCUAAUGGAUAUGUGUAAAUGAUAAGACAUUUUACGCAAUUCUACACAGUAUAGUAAUACCUAAAUAAUAAAAUCAAUUUUUUAAGCGCUGAACAAUGUUAAUUUGUAACGAAAGUUUGUGCCUUAUUGUACUACAUUAUUUCAAUGUUUUUAAAGAUUUAAGCAGCUGCGAAUAAGAACCCGCCUUUAUAGCAUUUUAAAUGUUUUUGCAUGCAAACAUAAACACGUAAAUCAAAAUUAGUAAUUAUAUAUAUAUCCUACUAAAUAAUAGCAAGGAACAAAUGGCAUUUAAACGGAGUUUGUGGUUUGAGAGACUAAUUUAAGUGUUUGCUUAUGUACCGUUGUAUUGUAAUGCUGUAUGACAAAUGUGCGGAAUGUAUCACAUAAGUUACUUAUGCGUGCGCGCGUAUUAUUAAUUGUCUUUUGCAAAGUCUCCUCAUGUAAACAAGUUGCGUUGACAUUUGCCCAAAGUGGCAAAGCGAUAUUUUAUAGUCUGUUUAUACAAUAGCAUGCUCACAUAAAAUAUAUGUAAGUAUGUAAGUACAUACAUAUGCCCACUAAAUUGUUGCUUUAUAAUUGGCGCUUAAUAAAGUGUUAAACCUUAAGCUGAACUUAUGUGAAUUAUAUGAGUUUUUAUAAGCUUCUUGGAAAAAUAACAUGUUAAAAUAAUCAGAUUCGUCUAUCUAAGUUAAAAAAGAUGUGCACUGCUUUAUCAGAGAAUGAAAAUAAACUCAUAAUGAAAAUGAAAUAUGGCAAGUACACGAAAGAGUAAAACAUUUAGCUUUUAUGCAGAAAUUAUUCAAUAACUAAUAUUAUAUGUCAUUUCGAAACUUUUCAUAUAUAUAGUACGUAUUUACAGAGCCAUCAGUUGCCUUUGAAAGGACUCUUAUAACUAAUGCUUAGCGUUAAAGCGUGCGAUAAGGCUUGCGUGACAGUCUGAAAUGAUAUUUUUGAUUAAACGAUAUGUAAGAUUCCCUUUAGAGUCUAACCACAAACUUCGUUAAACAAUUUUCCAAAAUAUUCCUUUACUAUCACAAAGAAUGCAUUGCAUGUACAUUAGGGUGGUCCAAAAAUACAUAGAAAAAUAAACUUUUGAUUUUUCCUGCUGCCACCCCCUAGAGCUGAAGAAUAUCACAAAUAAGGAAAGGCGUGUUUUUUAUUUUCGAAAGGGUUAAUAUUUACCCGUGCCACCGGUUUCCCAUGCAUUUUACAUGGGGAAAAUACAUUUUUUCGUAAAAUUGCAAUAAAAUCGUUAAAACUAAUUAUUUUUUGAUUGAAUUAGACCAUUUCCCUUCAUAAGUCUUAAAACAAUUACACUUGAUGCUUAUUUAACUUCAAAAGUUUGCAAAGUGUGUUUUAAUAACCGAUAACCGUAUCUGUUAUAUACAAAAAUUUGUUAUUUUAUAUUGACCACAUAACGCAAGAACAGCUCAAUGGAAGUAUUUAUUUGUUUUUUUUUUCAUUCAGUUCGACUAUUUCUGUGGGUAUGUGGUAAAAAUUUUUGAAAAAUAUGGUUGCCAUAUAUUUGAAAAUUUAAAAUUAUUUAAAGGUCAAUUAAAAAAUUAGGUUUUUUCAACUAAACUAAAAUCGUUUGAAGAAAUUUAAAACAUUUUUUUACGGGGUUGCCACCUUACUAAAAAAUUCAAUAACGGUUAUUAAUGGUUUAAGCUUAUUUAAUAGCACAAUAUGGGUAUCAAGGUUUAUGUACUCCCAGCAAAGGUUUUUGAAAAUACAUACUUUAAUUCACAUAUAUUUUUGGAUAGGGUUGCCAUUUAUCUAUAAUAACAACUUUUUUAAAUCAUGCUACAUGCGGUCAAGUAUAAUAUGAGUUUCAAACAAGCUUUAAUACCUACAUAUUUCUGGAUAGAGUUCGCACAUAUCUAAGACAUUAACUAUCGAAUGUGUAAAAAUGCAUAUUGCAUCAUUUCACUUAACUUACGUAAUUACCUCAUCUUAGUUGAGAGAUGGGUUGCAACCCUGUUUAGAAACAUGUUAGUCCAAAGCUUAUACAUAUUGUGGUAUUUAAAAAGUUUAAAUUUUUAAUAUUCAUUGUUCUUUUCU